AUGUAGUUGACUUGCAAACGAUAACAAAAGCGCUUCUGGAUUACGUCAGUAAUUUGCGCCGGGUGCUGUCAGUUUAGGAAAACAAACUACGGAGAACCCUCGGAUACAGUUUUAUUAUUUUUAAAUAAUGCCGUUAGCUAAAAAUUUUAGAAGAAGAAGAGCAGAUUCCGAAGACGAGGAGGAGGAUACAAUAACUGAAGAAGUUAGAAUGAAACUUGAAGAAGCUAAAGAAGUGCAGAGCCUAAGAAAGCGGCCAAGUGGGGUGAGUGCUACAGCCUUACUUGUUGGUGAGAAGUUACCUGAAGAAAAUGUUCUAGUGGAUGAUCCAUUUAAAAUGAAAACUGGUGGCAUGGUUGACAUGAAGAAAAUAAAGGAACGGAGCAAAGAGAGGACUGGAGAAGAUGAAGAAUUGAGCCUAGGCACGUCAUUCUCUGCAGAAACAAACCGAAGAGAUGAAGAUGCUGAUAUGAUGAAAUAUAUUGAAACAGAGCUGAAGAAAAGGAAAGGGAUUGUAGAAAAUGAAGAACAAAGAGUUAAAGCUAAAAAUCCAGAAGACAGCUUAUAUGAGCUUCCAGACAGCAUUCAGGUUUCUUCUGCCAAGAGGACUGAAGAGAUGUUGUCUAAUCAGAUGCUUAGUGGUAUUCCUGAGGUGGAUCUUGGUAUUGAUGCAAAGAUAAAAAAUAUAAUUGCAACAGAAGAAGCAAAGGCCAGACUCUUAGCUGAACAGCAGAAUAAGAAAAAGGACAGUGGAACAUCCUUUGUCCCAACCAACAUUGCUGUGAACUACGUUCAACACAAUCGCUUCUAUCAUGAAGAAAUAAAUGCACCCUUGAAGAAGAACAAGGAAGAACCCAAGGCCCGUCCUUUGAGAGUAGGUGAUACUGAAAAGCCAGAACCAGAGCAAUCGCCACCAAAUCGCAAACGGCCAGCCAAUGAGAAAGCAACGGAUGAUUAUCACUAUGAGAAAUUUAAGAAAAUGAACAGAAGAUAUUAAGAACACACUCUGCAUCAGAGACUUUGUUUAUAUACAGUGUAUAUAUGUUUUCUAUUCACUGCCUAAAAAUAUGCAGACUAAAGAUAUGUAUAUGCAGUUAAAUCGUCAGAGAUCAAGAGCUUGUAUAAACUGAUAAAUGCUGUACAGCAUAAGGAUUUCUGUACUUUGUAAAACUACUUGGUCUUAGAUUUUUUUAUUAGUAUUUCAAUAUUGUACUGCACGUUUCUUGGAAAGAGUUAGCUGAGUGGGUUUUUAAAUUAUUUUACAUAGUUUAAAAGGAAGUACUUUUUUAAAUUUGCAUUCUGAACUGCAGAAGUCGGACAGCUGGAUAUUGACAGAAAAUUAAAACACAUGCCAUUAUACACUGUGGGAAGAUUUGUGCCUGUCAGGAAGUAGAUAUCUAUUCUUACAGUGAUAAAUUUGAACCUAGAAACAUGUUUCAGUCUUGUGAUUAAAAUGCAUCUCUAUGCGGCAGUAAAUUUUUUGAGCUGAGAUGUUUGUGAGGUUUGUAGGGCAGAUUUGAUAUAAACCUGCUGGUAGUUUACAUUCAGAAACCAUCAUCACACUGCAUUAUGUUUAUAAACUGUGACAAAGGGAAAGUUUGGGCUACACGUGGCUUACAUUCACUGACCAGGAAUAAAAGAUUUGGAAGUAAACUACAUAAACUUCUUCUAAGACUGUAUGGCUGCCAAGGAAUAGUUAGGAACGAAUUUUAUAAAAUUCAGAACCAGUUUCUUUGAAAAUUACUACUCUGUUUCAUUCCAUGGUUGACGUAGUCCAUUUGUCACUUGUUCCUUGAAUAAAGGUAGAUCUGCAUAGUGAAGGUAAAAUAAAUACACAGUAUCUCAAAACAGGUUGAAAGGUAAAGCAAUAAUGCAUAAAAUAUUGUUUCAUUAUUAAAUGCACACCUUUCUGCUUCACUGUUAAAUUUCAGCCCUCAGAAAAUUAAAAGACAUGGUCUUGACUUUUAUGGCCAUAACUGAAGACCAAGGUCAAAUUCCACACUUGGGUAGAGCUGCCAUUUGGUUCAUAUGCUGUUUACUUUUACUGGCAUUUCUAGUUUCUCAUUUGCUAACUUUAUAAUUAUAAUUCCCUGGUGGGUGGGUGAAGAUUAUCUUCAUAUCCUCCAGAGAGAGGGCAUGUGCGAGAAUGGUGUUAUCCAGGCAGUCAUUGGGGAAGCUUGUGCUUUUGCCAGCAUUCAUAAGAGCAUUUGUACUAAGGCCCUAUCCCCACCAUUGUUCACCCUGUCCCACAAACCCAUUAGUGUGGGACAGGGGCUACCCCUCACAUGCUGCCCAUGGGCUACCAUUACUGGCAUAGGUAACCACAGUGUAUGCCUCUGCUUACAGUGUUAGUGAAACUUGCAUCCCAUGAUACUGGAGUGACAAGCAUAACCAUCUAGGAUUCCCCUUCCCUAGGAUAGAUACUGCACAUCCUACCUGCUUGCAUUGUCAAUCAACUGAGCUAUCAGUUGAAGUAGGGUUGCCUGGACAAAAUAGUUGGGACUUUAUUUCAGUAUGCUACCAGCUGACUUCUGAUUUGCUAGCUUAAAUUUUUGGGACUUGCAUGCUUUUAUUGACUCCUGAAUGUCCCUUUACACAGUACUGAUUCACUUAUUAGGUUGUAUAUUAUUUUAUGGUUAAAAAUAAAUUGCUAGUUAUUACAGCACCAAUAUUGAUUUCAUCAGGCCUUUACUAAAGAAUGUUUUAAGAA